AUGAGCAGAUUGCCACUACACUUGUCUAUCCCUCCCGAGCAGACGGCUGAUGGAGACUGGUCCCCCAACGUGGCAGACCAGCCCCAAGAUGACUCAACAUCUCUCUCUCCAUAUCCCCGACCACCCAUUGGUAUCUACCAUCAACCCACAGGCAUGGACCCCCAGCUUGCUCCAGGCAGCAGCGGUGGACCUACAUCUCACCCAGGAGGGACUGAGCAUUCGCAGGUCCCUGGGUACGUCGCGAACAGGGGAGGACUCGACUCGAAUAUCGACUUUCUGAACACUGAGGCGAGCCGGUUCAGUCUCCUCGGGCAGUCCUUCACUCCAGAUGGCCUUGGAAAAGUGAUCUACGACCAUGCUGCCAAAUCUAACCGGGUUGGAAUGCACAAUAGGGAGAUCGCUGCCAGAUUUCGUGAUCAGCUCAAAUCGUUAGCCGAUCAUCUCGAGGGAUUCAAAGAGGGUUACCGGUUCUCACGCAAUGUGCCAGAGGCUAGGGCGGACAUGAAAUCGUACAUCGAUCAAUGGGGAUACCUGAGUCCAAGGGUGCAGGAGCUCGUCAGAGUGUGCGAAGAAGCCAUGCGGACAGUUCCGCUCCAUGAGGACGGGACCUAUACACAGCAGGCCUGGGAUGCGUUCAUGAAGACUUUUCUUGGCGUGCACCACCUACCGGCGGCAACGCAGGACAUCAUGGGAGAUAUGGAACUGUUGAUCCAGUACUACGAGCAGGAUGGUGGGCAAGCUCUAAACCGGCUAAGAAGCCAGAUUAUUGUUCACUGA